GGUGCCCUUUCAUCAUGACUGCUACCGACGUCUACCGUAUUCAGGACGGCCUCCACAUUAGCUGUAUAUUCCAUGAGUCUCUUGUCGAAGAAGCUCUCGCCUACAAACCCAAGCCGGGCGACGUGUUCAUAGUCUCUUUUCCAAAAUGUGGCACCACGUGGAUUCAGCACAUCGUGUACGCCAUCUUCAGCGACGGCCUUCCACUAAAGGACAUGGAUGACUUCUUGAGAAGAGCCCCCUUCCUAGACAUGCUGGGAUCCGGAGCUGUGGAGAGUAUGCCGCGUCCCGGAGCCAUAAAAACUCACCUUCCCUACUCCCUCCAGCCCCAGCUGCCGGAAGCCAAGUACAUUUACGUGACACGAAACCCUUACGACUGCUGCGUCUCAUUCUACCACCACACCAAGUCAAUCCCCGCGUAUCGAUUCGCUCAACAGCCAUUUGACAAGUUUUUCGACAUGUUCGUCGAAGGCAAAGUCGACUUCGGCGACUACUUCGACCAUCUCACCUCCUGGUACGAACACAGGAACGAUGCCAACGUCCUCUUCAUAACCUACGAGGAGCUCCAGACGGAUCGUCGUGCAGGAAUUCUCAAGAUUGCCGAGUUUCUCGGAGAAAGUUACGGGAGGAAGCUUCGAGCGCAACCGGAAGUCUUGGAGAGAAUUUUCAGCACUAGCAGCUUGAAGACGAUGAAGGAUUUCAACGAAGAGUUCAAGAAAUGGACUGCGCGAGCACUCGAUUUCAUUGGAGAUACAGAAAAGCUUCAAGCGGUUUCCGCGGAGGCGGCUGCGGACUUGAAGAAGCCGAUGACUGGAGACUUCGUGAGAAAGGGAUUCAUUGGUGACUGGAAGAACCACUUCACGCCGGACCAAAUUAGGCGCAUGAAGGAGAGGAUUGCGGCGAAAACCAAGAACAGUGCGGUCAUGAGCCUUUGGAAAAACAUUGAUCUUCCGUAACCAAAUAUAGCUGUUGAUAUAGUCGACGUGCACGAGCGAUGCAAAACGGUUAUUUCCGGGUGCGUGUUUUUGGUGCAACUUUUUAGAAAACAAUAAAUAGAAUUGUAAGUUUGCACUAGUAGAUAAAAAACAAUGUUCAAUUACUCGGAAACAAUGAUUCGCAAUUGAAGAAAAUGUCGCCUGGGUCCAUGAAUCGAACAAAAAAUUAAGGCCUUCUUAGAGUUGUCUCUUCACCUCUCAAGUAAAUGACAAGUGCUCAGUCUAAUUGCCCACUAAUAUCUGCAUUCACCAUUUCGAUCUUAUAGUCUCGCAGCUGGAUAGAAAUUUUUGUUUCUUUCGCGCAGUGGUUACACGCUGUUGUCGUCACGUGUAGCAGUGAACUGUCUACAUUUUCAUAACUUCGAAGUUCGACGAGGGGGGAAAUUCCAAAGCGCAGGCGCUAAACCAAAACUACACGUUUCCUGUGCAAACCCUUAUAAAGGCCGCACUCAGAGCAUGCUUUUUGGCGAAAAAGUAAGCCCAGUGACAUUGAAAGGAGAAGGUGAAGGUGAUGAAGAU